AUGAACAGCCUCUUCUCCCUCCGCUGCCUGCGCAGUGCUGCUCCCCAGAUUACCGCCUCUCCCGCUACAUCCCAACCCAGCACCAUCCUACGCGCUGUCCAACAAUCACGAUCAUUCAGCAGCACACCCGUCCCUCAAAAGAGAAAUCGCGGUGGCCCAAAGAAGGACGCUCGCAUUCAAUUGAUCCGUUACUUUUUGUCGCAUCCCACAACACCUCGUCCUCUCAGAUUCUCCCGCGACCGCUACUUGAGACACUGGACCAUCCAUCGCGCAUGGCAAAUCUACAAGGCCCAGCAACGCACACAGCAUGAGCGUGACCUCGAGCGCCAAUACCAGAGCAUGAGAGAUGCAUGUGAGGCACUACGCCUCAUGGACGGAAACGCCAACAUCGUAAAAGAGGGGGAGGCUGCCGCACAGGGAAAGAAUGUCGGAAGACUGUACAGAAUCGCCAUGAUGAAGAAUGAUAUCUGGGGCGGUGUACCCAUCGAGUAUGCGCGCAUUCAGACCGAUAGCCCGAGCACCGAUGGCUGGAACCACGGUUGGACGAGGUAG